AAAAAAAUGUUUAAGUAAUGGAAUGGCAGUAAAAUCUGAAAAGUUUGGUGGCUCAACAGGUUGGAAAAUAAUAUAAAAAUUGUUGUCUUCGUCAAACUUCAGCAAGUGAAAAUUAGAUAAGAAUAGAGUGAAAGUUUGUUACUCCGCUCGAAAAAGGUGGGAGACCGUCAAAAUGACGAGGGCAGGAUCGAGUUGAGACGUGUCCCACAUCGUCUGAGACCGCCAGUCAGUGCGGAUAGGAUUGGGGUUUACAGACAGUCUAAACUCCAGUUCCAGAAGAGUUCAGCGAGUUUAUAGCAUCGAAGUGUCCAGUCCAUUUUGAUUUUAUUCAGUGGGUUGGUGGGGACACCACAAGGAUCAAGUCAAUUUGGUCGACUCCGGACACCUUUUCCAAUGAGCGUAAACCAUUUUUAUCUCGUCCUCUUGUCCGGACUGGCAGCCUCAGGCUUGUUACCGGUCAGUGGGCUGAGGGUGGAAACGUCGGGGGAGGUGGAGGCAGUGAACGGUACAGAUGUGUGGCUGAAAUGUACCUUCCAGAGCAGCUCGCCCAUCACCCCAGCAACGCUCACGGUCUCAUGGAGCUUCCGACCCAUCGGACCUGGCCGGGAGGAGUCAGUGUUCUAUUACCAUGAGAGGCCUUACCCUCCCCCGGACGGGCGUUUCCAUAAGCGGGCGAUAUGGGCAGGUGACAUCAUGGGGCGGGACGCCACCAUCGUGGUACGUAAGGUCAAGUUCACUUACAACGGGACGUUCAGCUGCCAGGUGAAGAACCCUCCGGACGUCCACGGCAACGCGGGGGAGGUGAAAUUGACCGUGGUCACCACAGCCUCCUUCUCUGAGAUGAUCAUGCUUGCUGCAGCCAUCGGGGGUGCCAUUGUGCUGAUGGUCAUCUUCCUCGUCAUCAUCAUGUCAAUAAGACGAUGUCGCGAGAAGAGACGGGUGGAAGAGGGGGCCGAGGAACUACCUCGCAGACAGAGAAAGGACCCUACCGUGUGGUAAGACAGAGAGAGAGAGAAGGAGCAAGAGAGAGUGGGAUCUCUCCACCCGGUCUCCCCACUCUGGCUGGGCUGUGCGGUGCUCACCUCUGGGACUGUGCUCAGUCAAAUGCUUUUUCUGCUUGGACACUCUCCUCUGAACCUAGCUUUGGAACCAAAACCUGGACCUAUAAUUGGGCAGAAGUUUUUUACCAAGAGCAGACUUAAAUGCUAAAAGUGCCUUAGAAUAAUACUACUGUAGAUGAUCCAUCUGCUGGAUCCUGUAUCUUACCGCCAUGCACCUUUCUGGAAAGACAGUAUGCCUGCAUUCAUAUUUAUCUGUAUUUCCUGUACCGUGUUUCUAUUGUUAUUGUCUACUAACCAGUUUCAAACUCUAACAACUGCCCAAUCAAUUUCCAAUCGCAUAGCACUUAGUAAGACAAUGCCCAUGGUUGUAUAGGUAGCAGCAGUCUCUCUCUCAUCUGGUUCAAUUCCUUUCAACCACAAGUCCACAACAAGAUGUCUUUACAUUUCCGUCUCGGUUUACUGCUGAUCAAUGAUAUUAUUUUGUUUUGUUCUGAAGUGAUUUUGUAUUUCUAAGCAGAUGUUGUUUUUUUAAUCAGUAAAAAUGUUCAACUACUGCAGAAAUACUCAAAAUAAUGUCAAUAUUCACUGCAAGACCCAAGGCACUUGUUUAAAACAGACAUUUAUAAAAUAUUAGACUUAACAUAAAGUUCAUUAUUUUCAAAUGCAUAAAAAUGUCAAAGAAUUGACUAUUUCACUAUGA